AACCAAGCUCCCGUCCUCUCCUCCUUCUCCUUCUCCCACCAAACUAUCCGACAAAGAGAAAAGGAACCCUAAAUAAUAUCUUUCUCAAAUCUCAAAAAAGGUCUGAUCUUUCUCUCUUCUCUCUCUCGCCCUCUCUUACUUACUUGCAGAGAAGAAGCGAGAAGGGGCUUUCCCUUUCUAAAAAUCCUCUCUUUCUUACUCGUCUCGUUCCCCCCCUUUCAUGUCUUCUCAAGUAGCCGACUCUCAUCAAGGGUUGUUGCUGCCUCAAACCCUACUUUCUCAAACUUCUUCUCCCUUGGAUCUCUCUCUCAACCAGAUUAUUACGUCUAUGUGCCGAAUAUGAGUGACAAGAAGGUCUUUGUGUUUGGAUCCUUUACAGAACAUGAAACAAGGUCAUUACUUGAGCAGCAAAAACCCAUCAAGGCUCCUCAGAAUCAUAAAGAAAAGUCUGUAGGGAGUAUACAAUUCGGCUCUUUUAAUCUCGUUACCGGAAGCUCUCCAGUUAACACUAAUGGCGAGUUGAAGAAGGCUCAGGCUGCUGAUGGAGUAGUUAAAUCUCGACCUUCCAGCUCUCAUAAGGAAGAUUCUGCUGUGUCUCAAAAGAGAGUCGAUGCUCCUAGACCUUCCAGCUCUCAUAAGGAAGAUAGAAGUAUUCAAUCUUCUGUGUCUCAAAAGAGAGUCGAUGCUCCUAGACCUUCCAGCUCUCACAAGGAAGAUAGAAGUAUUCAAUCUGCUGCGUCUCAAAAGAGACUCGAUACUUCUAGACCUUCCAGCUCUGACAAAGUUGCAAAACUCCCUGGGAAACACACUUCAGGAGUUCCGGAGCAUGUGGUAGAAAACGGAACAAUCAAGGAGGUGUCUGAAAGAAAACCUCUCAACAAUGGUGUGGCGGUGAAGGCUGGUUUGGAGAAGCUGUGUGUAUCAGAUGGUGAAAGUGAUGCUUUGUAUAAAGCUACAAGCUCAAAGUUCCAAGCCCUGGACAGCGAAAUUUUCUCAAGUGAUUCUUCACCUGCCAGCAUACCAAGAAAGAACAACCAGAUGGUUCAUACUGAACCCGCACCGCCUCUUAAAGACUUCACACCAAGAGGAUUAAUAAACGCCGGAAACUUGUGCUUCCUCAAUGCAACAUUACAGGCUUUACUCUCCUGCUCUCCUUUUGUGCAGCUCCUCCAGGGAAUACAACUCCAAGAUAUUCCAAAGGCUGAGUCUCCAACCUUAGCUGCAUUCUCCGAGUUCAUAUCUGAACUAGAUUCCCCAAGCAGUUCAAGCUUCAGAAACAAUGUUACCGUUGUUGAGUCGGGUAGACCUUUCACACCUGCCAUGUUUGAAACGGUCCUUAGAAACUUUACUCCAGAUGUACUCAACAACAUGUCUGGCCGCCCAAGGCAGGAAGACGCUCAGGAGUUUUUAAGUUUCAUAAUGGACCAAAUGCACGAUGAGUUACUGAAACUCAGGGACGAGUCCCCUAGACUCACUGGUUCCAAGUCAUCUGUUCUUUCUUCUGCCAGCGAUGAUGAUGAAUGGGAAACGGUUGGACCCAAAAACAAAUCUGCUGUGACAAGAACUCAAAGCUUUGUUCCUUCUCAGCUCAGUGAUAUCUUCGGUGGGGAGCUCAGAAGCGUAGUGAAGGCACAAGGGAACAAAGAUUCUGCUACUGUGCAGCCAUAUCUCUUACUCCACCUCGAUAUUCACUCGGAAGCUGUGUGCACAAUUGAAGAUGCAUUGCAUUUGUUUUCUGCCCCUGAAGAUCUUGAAGGUUAUCGAGCCUCUGUUACUGGCAAGGCUGGUGUAGUGAGUGCUAGAAAGUCGAUAAAGAUACAGAAGCUCUCGAAGAUAAUGAUACUGCACCUUAUGCGUUUUAGCUACGGGAACCAAGGGAGUACUAAGCUCCAUAAACCUGUUCACUUCCCCCUCGAGCUCAACCUAGGCCGCUACCUUCUUGCUUCUCCUUCCAACGGGGGUUUAAAAUAUGAGCUUGUGGCAACGAUUACUCACCACGGAAGGGAUCCAUCAAAGGGGCACUACACCGCGGAUGCUCGAAGAAAGAACAAUCAGUGGCUUAGGUUCGAUGAUGCAUCUGUGACUGCUAUAGGGCCAAAACAGGUUUUGCACGACCAAGCCUAUGUUCUGUUCUACAAACAAGUGUAAGAGAAUCAAAAUCAAUCUCUAUUUCCAUUGUCGGGAAAGGAAUUCUCAUAUAAAAACUAUGAAGCAGAGAAUCUCAAUAGGUAAAUAGCUUUUAGAGUACCUGGAUUACAUGAAAGUUUUGUUUUGAUUCCUCUGAGAUGGAAAUGUUUUAAUGUUAUUCAAUACGUUUAUUAUUAUUAUUUCAGACUUAUUAA